UUGUAUAUCGAAACAAUAACGUGCAAGUGGAAACUUCGUUGGGGGAGAAUCGAAUUUGUCGACGGACACGAACAGCUUCCUUUUUUCAGGUGAUGGUUGUUGCCAGGGGUAUAAAGCAACAAGUGGGUAGAGGAAAGGCUGUCACUGAGUGAGCAACACCCGUUGAAUUGGUGCUCUGUGUAUCGAACUCUUCGUGUCUGCCUGACGUAAGAGUGCAUUAUAGGCGCAUAUUAUUCGGGGAUCAUUCUUUCGAACUGUCGUCGAAGUCAUGGAGAGACGUGGACCCGCGUUACUUCUGCAACUCUGGUGUGUCGUCGUGCUGUCGUUGAGUAUGGUACUCUCCCGAAAAGCUGACAUCAUUCUUUUUGGGGGAGACAUCAUCACGAUGGAGGACGGAGACCUGUCGAGGGACCGGGGUAAAGCACGCCCUCUAGAGGCGGUAGCGAUCGCAGGGGAGACCAUCCAGGCGGUCGGAACCCUGGACGAGGUUUUUUGUCACGCCGGGUCUAAAACCCAGACGGUCUACCUAAACCAACAGACCCUGAUGCCUGGCUUCAUUGAACCCCAUACGCACCCGACCGUGGGCGCACAGAUACGGGAGCAGUACAUCACCAUUGGUGCGGCCACUUUCAGCUCUUACGAGGAGAUCCGCAGUGUGAUGGUGAAUAGGAUCAACGAACUUGCCGCAACCCCCAACAGUAACGGCUGGGGAGCUUUCUUCGGCUGGGACCCAGAGCUCAUCUCUGACCUACCGGCUCUGAACGCCGACGUGCUGGACGGAUUUUCCGACACUAUCCCGAUCUUCGUGUGGGGCCAGAACGGUCACAUAGCCUGGGUUAACCACGCUGCCCUAAGAGCGGCAAAUAUCACCAACACUACCGAAAACCCUAUUGGCGGGACCUUCGUGAAAGACCAAGACAACAACCCGACCGGUAAGCUUCUGGAGUUAGGCGCCAUCGGGGCGGUGCAGCGUGUGAUGCCACCCCUGGAGCCCCACGCCUUCGCCCGUAGCCUGGAGGAUCUGUGGCGGAUCUACGCCUCAGCCGGUUUCACAACGGUGGCGGACCUGCUCUACCGGCCCAAUGCCGGCCUGGACGAGGCGCUGAGAAGGUCCACCGACGCCGAAAAUUUUCCGCUUCGUCUUGCUUUGUUUAGAUUCAAGCAAGCGGUACGGGACGUCGACUGCACGGAUUGCGCUGCCGGUGAUGCGGGAGGCAUAGGCGAGUACAGCUCCAGGUUGUGGGAGGCCGGUAUCAAGCUGAUCGCGGAUGGCUCACCGCACAGCGGUACGUCAGCCAUACGGGAGCCGUAUCUGUACACUCCGCUGACCGAGACGCUGGGCUUCCCCGAUCCGCCGGGCUACGGGAUCCUGAACUUUGACACACGCACCCUCUUUGAGACCGUGAGGAGGUACCACCGGCAGGGGAAGAAGGUUUCGAUUCACGCGCACGGGGAACGAGCUAACGACCAGGUCCUCAACGUGCACGAGCAAGUCCUUGCGGAGUUACCCAACCAGGACAACCGUCAUCGCCUGGAGCAUGUUGGCCUGAUGACCGAGGAGCAGAUCGAACGAGCCGGCAAGCUGAACGUGACUCUCUCCUUCUUCGUGGAUCAUCUUCGCUUCUACGCCAAGGUCUACAAGACCAACAUCUUCGGUGACAGGGUCAACCGCUGGACUCCACUGUCCGUAGCAACCAAGAAUAACAUAACUUGGACCAUUCACCAGGACCACCCCGCCUUUCCCGGAGAUCCCUCCCCCUUCGCCAACAUGAAGACGGCCAUCACCCGCUGCACCAGGGACGACCCUACCACUCCCUACGGCCCAGAGUACCGCGUGUCUAUCCACGAGGCUCUCAAGGCCUACACUGUCAACGCGGCUUGGCAGCUCCACCUGGAAGACAAGGUAGGAAGCAUCCAGGUCGGCAAGAAGGCUGACCUGGUGGUGCUCUCCGAGAACCCGUACCGCGUGGACCCGUUUGACCUGGAGAGGAUCCGGGUCGUUGAGACCUUCGUGGACGGGCGCCGUAACAAGCUCGCCCGGUUGAAGACUGUGAGGGGGAUCGGGACCGACCUUCAUGUCCUGGAGAGUCCUUAAUUCAAUUUUAAUUUUUAAAUGCGAAUAAGAAACAAUCAAAGAAAACAAACUCUAUCAGACUAGACAUAGAGAUUGAAGAUUUACUAAACUAACAACUUUAUGUAUUUUAAAAUGAAAACACAAAUUACACAAUGAAGCUUUUUUUCCAGCAAAGUCAUGAAAUACACUGUCAUGACGCAAAUAUUGAUAAAGCGAAACAGUUCGUCCUGUUGAAGUCAGUUUUCUGCUUUCAUUUAAUUCAAAUUACGACUUAGCUAUUUAAAAUACCAACGCGGUGUCUCUUGUUUAAUUAAACAAAUACCAUGCAUGAAUACAUCAUUUAACGUAGCUAUAUUUCAUAUUGUUGAUCAUGGUGUAGCGUUUUCAGAUUAUCAAUUCGUAAUUAUCACUUCGUCUUAAUUUUUAGUUAAUUAUCUCACUAUAAUUAUCAAUGUUCCUUUUGAACUGUUUAAUGAUUAAUUCUCCUGAGUGCAUUGUUUUCCUUGUAUACACAUACACCCACACAGUGCCUUUGCAAUGUGUAGUCCCUAUACUUUUAUACAGAGCAAAUGACCUUCACUGCCCACACACAAGUCACUGGUCAGUUUCUUAGUACAACCAAGUUACUUUCAAGAUCAUUGUUUUAAGGAACUAUAUUACUCAUUCCUAGUCAUUUUCUGAGACUCAAGGAAACCACGAUAUGACUAAGUAUCCCAUUCUUAAGUAUUUCUUAUUCUCAAGACUUCCUGUUUCCACCAGUAUAUAAGUCCUGCUCCACUAGCAGUCCCUCAUUCUGUUUCAACUCCAUUUCUGUUUCGAUUCCAUUUCUAUUCUACGUCAACCAUUCGAUAAAAUCCAAUCAUGUAGUCAGUUUAAUUCGUUCUGCUCAUCCAGUCAGUUCUCACUUUAACCAGUUCAAUCAAUCAAUGUGUAUUAAGAUAUUGUUUUGGAAUAAACGGUCACGGUUAACACAGUCCUCAA